GCUUUCCGAAAGCCGGACUGCGCCGCAUCUUCAACCUCGCGAUUCGAAACCCACAGGACAUUGGGAGCUUGAGGCCGGCCAUCACUCGACACUUCUCUCUUUCUCUCGUCGCGGUCCAUCUGUCGGAGGGUACGGCGCCUUCAGAAAAGCGACACCGAACCCCAACCUCGAUAACCUCACCCUCACACGUCGCACCUCGAUCGCCGAUCCGACUCCGACCUCGAUCCCAACGCACCUCACGCUCCCCGCUCGUCAGAGCAAGCGUCUCCCGAAAAUGAGGUCUACAGCAACGCGGCUCCAGCAGUCAAUGCUAUCCCGUGUAGUCUCAGAAUACUCCCGCGAAGCAAAACCCGCCGCCGUCGCCGUCCCCAAAGCCGCCAAAGCUCCCCCAAAGGCCGGCCGCAGAUGGCCCCUAUCCAUUGACAACACGCAACUCCCAAACACAGUCUCGCUCAGUCCGCGGGAACUCUACAAGCGCAUCGGGAAAUGCCUCGCCUUUGGCUGCGACCCAGACCAGACCCAACGCGCGGCCAGUCUCCUAAGGACCAUCAACGACGAAUGGCGUAACAUACACGCAGUCUCGCAGGGCUUCCACGACCCCAAGAAUUCGGCGUACACUGUCCGACUGCGAGAUGGCGAACCGAGUCAUCGUCCAUGGCUGGGUAUAUCUCAAACGUCUACCUUGACCCAAGUCGCUGAGCAGUCAAUCGCCCGUUUUCUGGACCGCAUUCUCGAGACUGCAGAUCCUCAAGAUAGAUUAGAGUGGGAGCGUCUUCGCGACAACCAAACCUUCAACGAGACCCUGACAACCAUGUACUGCCAAAACGGAGCGUCACCGCAAACCAUGGCCUCCCCGACACUCUCGCUCGAGCCCCAAGUUAUCAGCGCAUAUACAAGGUUGCUGUCAAACGAUUACGAAGAAAGGUCCACCUUCCGUUUCAAGGUUGUGAUCUAUUCACACAAGCACUUCACCAAAUUAGCCGACCUGAAGAUAAAGCUGAAGACCUUGACCCAUGACAAAAAGCCGCUGCCCUGGCUCAGCCGUGAACUGAAGCGGGUGGCUGACUUGACCAGCACCGACGCGCAGCGCAACGACGCACAUGGACUUGCAAGAUAUAUCGCGAAAACGGUCACCAUCCUGGAACUGGGCACAUGGAGAAGACCAGACGCUAAGGAGGACUUUGGCAGCGCCGCCCCCUAACGAGAUAUGAGUAUGAGAUGUGCACAAAUACUUCUUACGGCACUGGGUACUAUCGCCAUCGGACCAAAGACUCGAGCAGAAUCCGUGGUCGAGAGCCGGAAACCCGAGACGGAAAGAGCGAAAGUCGCUCGUGUAAGUCGAGCGAGGCGAGAAGACGCAUGGUUUUUUGGUUCAAUUUAAUCAGUUACAGGCGAGUCGAGGCGAAAGCGGUCCUCUUGCCGAGGAAAUUAACCCCGCCAUUCGAGCGUGCCCCUCCGCUAGACAGAAUGACGGGCGACAGCUUGAUGGCUGAAGGGAGCUUGAGGCCAUUCGACCCUACGGGCGACGCAUGAGAUACUCAAGCAUCUGCCGAAUAGACGAUAGAAAGCACGCCGCCGGAACAUAUCCCUAGCAUUGGCC